GAUCAUCUCAACAACAGAACCUGGAAACAAAGACUACUGGACUGUCUUUACCCUCUGUUCAUAACAGAUUAGGGUGUGGUGUGCCAAGCAUAAAAUAUAAAAACAACUUUGCCAGAGAGAUACGCCCUGGAGAGUUCCCAUGGCAAGUCCAAUUGCAGUUUAACUGGAGCUCCAGUGAACUCUAUCCGAACCUGGUCAUCAUUGCUGGGACCCUUCAGCAAGACGACGUGCAAAUCAUUUAUAACGUCCACAAAAUCAUUUUGCACAAAUAUUUUGCGUACGAUCUGUUUGGGGUUAAAAUUCCAGACCAUGAUAUCGCCCUUGUUCUGGUGCGAGAGCCAUUUAUUUUCAACAACCUGGUGUCCCCAAUCUGUUUCCCAGAUGAUCGGCACCUUGACAUGGAUACACUAGAAAAUUGCUGGGUUACUGGAUGGCAACUGAAAAGUGUAGCUCAAGGUCCCAUGCCUCCGAUCUACCACAUGGUGAAGCAGAAUGUCGGACAUCAGACACUUGCAACCUGUGAGAAGUUCUACCCGCAGAACCUGAGGAAAAAUCUGAUUUGCGUGACGAACUGGGACAAGAAGCAGUCUUUGUGUAUGGGAGGUUACGGAGCCCCACUCGAAUGCCAGGACAAGCGCACGAAGGUUUGGAUCAUAGCCGGAGCUGCAAGCUUCUGCAAACAGUGGUGCAACUACACCGCCCUGUUCACCAGGUACGCCCACUACCUGGACUGGGUGGAAACCCGCACCCUCCUGGCGGGGAAGCCGUUCCUUCCCGUCCAAAUGCCCCCUAAGCCCACCCUGUCCUGCAAGAAAAUCAGGCACUCCGUCAACCGCAACUCCAGGCGGGAAUCGGCGGGGAAGUGGGAACGGAGACGCAAGUGGAAAAAGCAGCGACCGCACAAGGUAGUCUUCGGGAGCAACUUGUCCAAUCGGCAGUGGGAUCCGCGGCAGGUCCUCCCCUGCCUUGCACUGGCGCUGCUGCUAUUCACCACACUAAGCUGAACGUUGUAGUGAAGGAGAGGGUUUACUGAAGGCUCGCACUGUGAAUAUGGUUGUUUUGUUUCAGUAAUGGACUAGCAAUCCCAGACUUCAGAUCCUACCGUGGCAAGUUUUUGAACUGAAUUA